AUGCCCUCCAGCACGCCCCUGCCACCGCCCAAGGGGUUCCUGUCCUACCCCGAUGUCGAGGAGAUCAUCUCGCCCAGAUACGAGCCACGCAAGGACGCCAAUCCUGUCCUUUCUGGUCUGCCACUCGUCAUCGCCUCUAGCCUCCUUACCCACUCUUCUUUCUUGGCCAAGAUCUUUUACAACAAUGCAGGUCUGCAAAAGAUCAAGGACUUGCCGUUUCUCGACGACGUUCCAUACACCUUUCACCCUCUCGUUAUUCCGCUUGGCGACAAUGGCCCCAUGGUUGAACUAGGCGAAGCCCAGCUCAACCCCAAGAACAGAGGAGACACGCAUCAUUACACCGCCAGUGACUACCAUGCCAUGUACAAGUCGGGCCAAGUCACGCCCCUUCAAGUAACCGAAACCCUUCUAUCAAUCACUAGCAAAUACGCCAAAGAGGCUUCCAUAUACCAAGACGCUUGGGCCGACUCCCACGGCGCAGACCAGCUCGCCCUCGACGCAGCCAAGGCGUCCACUGAACGAUGGGCCGCAGGCAAGGCCCUCGGCGUAUUGGACGGUGUUCCGAUUGGCGUCAAGGAUGACCUCUCUGUAAAAGGAUACAUUGACCACGACGGAAUGGCCUACAAAAAGGGCGUUCCUUUCUUCAAAUCAGCGGAAGAGACUGUGUGGCCUGUGCAGGCACUUCAAGCAGCUGGUGCUGUCGUCAUCGGAAAGAACAGGAUGCACGAGCUAGGAUCAGAUACGAAUGGCCUCAAUCCUCACCAAGGUACCCCUACGAACCAUCUGAAUAACCAGUACUACCCUGGCGGCUCCUCAUCCGGCGCUGGCUCUUCUCUUGGCGCAGGAGUGAUUCCCAUUGCCGUAGGCACGGAUGCUGGUGGCAGCGUGCGCUUCCCGGCUGUGUACAACGGCGUGUACGGUCUCAAGCCUACUCACCACCGCACCCUGGAGAUGAACAGCACCAUGUGCGUUGCCGGCCCCAUGGCUGCCAACGUGGCCGACCUGACCAUUGCGUACCGCAUCAUGUCGCAGCCGGAUCCCACGACGUCGAUCCAAAGCCGAUUUGCCGUGUCGCAGCCCCCCGCCGCCGGCACCAACAAGUACAUUGGCGUGGACCGCGCUUGGUGGGGUGCAUCGGAUCCCCGCGUCAUCGGCGCGUGCAACAAGGCCCUCGAGUACUUCACCUCGCAGGGCUACGAGCUCGUGGACAUUACCAUCCCGUACAUUGACGAGGCGCAGACGGCGCACGGCGGCGUCACCAUUGCCGAGAUGACCGAGGCCGCCCGGCGCCGAGGCGGCGACAAGACGAGCUGGACGACCCUCAUCGGCCCCGUCAACAAGCUGGUCCUGGCCCUCGGCCUCGAGACCAAUGCGGCAGAUCUUCUCAAGUUCAACUCGAUGCGGACGCUCAUCAUGCGCCACAUGGCCUGGCUGUUCCAAAAGUACCCCGGACUGCUGAUCCUGACGCCGACGGCGCCGUUCCUGGGCUGGGAGAAGAAGCCCGCGCACGCAAAGUAUGGCGUCAGCGACGGCGACAAGACGUUCCUCAGCAUGAUUUACGUCUUUCUCGCCAACAUUGCCGGUCUUCCGGCACUGACCGCGCCCAUCGCCUACGUCGACCCGGACCAGGGCGAGGGCAAGGUGUGCAUCGGCAUGAUGGCCACGGGCGAAUGGGGUGCUGAGGAGGCGCUGCUGGCCUGGGCGGCCGACGCCGAGACGUAUCUGCACGAAGUCUACCCCGAAGGGCGCAGAAGGCCCAAGACUUGGGUCGACGUGCUUGGGCUCGCCGCCAAGCAGGGCACAGUCUAG